AUGUCAGACUCGGAAACGACGCCGUUUCUGGCUGCGUUGAGCAGUCCGAAAGCCGCCGAUCCUGAUGCGCGAGUGAUGGACGAACAAUCAGAAUCAACACCUUUAUUAUCGUCAAGCGCAACUCGGCGCUACGAUGGCGAGGAUGAUGACGUACGAGACGAGACAGCAUCUGUUGCUGCUGGCGAGACGGGCGCCGUCUCGGUCAAAUCGACAAAAGACAGAUCGAUACCGAAGCCUUCACUGAUCGCUGUGAUUGUACUGUCACUCUUUGCGCUUGGGAUUAUGAUUGGGGCUUUCUUUGUGCCCGCCGCGGUGGAGGAGUACGCCAAACAAGCGAUUGUUCUUGAACCGACGAAUCUGUCGCUGGUGUCCAUCACGACCAACGGUGUACGGGCCAGAAUCCAGGCGAAUUUCCGCCUUGAUGCGCAGCGUGUGGAAAACGAACAUGUUAGACGGGUGGGCAAGGCUGCUACAUGGCUGGUUGGAAGUAUCGGGACGGAGGAUACCAGGAUCAAUGUCUACCUGCCAGACUACGACAACAUCUUGCUUGGAAGUGCGGCAGUCCCUUCGAUGGAUGUUAGUAUCGCCAGCGGCCAGAACAACGCGGUGGACUUUGUUGCCGAUCUCAUCCCGGGCGACGCUGAGGGUAUCCGAACGAUUGCCAAUGAGUGGUUGGAAGGAAGGCUGGAUACGGUUCGGGUGCUGGGAAAGGCUGAUAUUCAGCUGAGGGCGGGAAUGAUUCCUCUCGGAACGCACUCUAUUGCUGAGUCGUUGACAUUUGAAGGUCAAUCCCUCUACCGCACUUUCGCUUCGUUGUACUUUGGAGAGAAGUCUCUCUUUUGA